AUGUCAUCAUCUUCUACCAUCACCUUCGGCGUCGAACUUGAGUUCAACCUCGCUUACACCCUCCAAGACCAGCCCCCUGACCCAAAGCAGACACGCCAGCUGUAUUUCCCCAGUAUCCCCGCCGAUCACAUAUAUUGGAGGAGUAACUUCGUUCACCCGCUCGCCGGCGGCGUCGAGAAAACCAUCAGCGAAGACGACGUCAUCCUCAAAUCAAUAUGUGUAAGUCGAACCCUCGCCUCCCUCAUCCACAACAUCGCCGGCUACCCCGUCCCCGGCGUCUUUGGCAACAGAAACCCCGCCGUCUGGCAAGUAGCCACUGACCACAGCGUGAAAGCCCCAAUGCCGACUGCCGCGACGCGCCACUACCGCUGGCUGCCGAUGGAAAUCAAAUCGCCCGCGCUCCCCUUUAGCGCGGCCUCGCUGCAGCAGGUUGCGCACGUGUGCGCGCUCCUCUCGGACUCCUUCGUGGUGGACGCCGGUGUGGAAUCAGCCGGCUUGCACGUCCACGUCUCAGCCGGAAGCAGCGGCAGAGGCAAGACGUUCGCCUUCAGCACCAUGCACGCGCUCCUGAUGCUCCUCUGGACCUGCGAGCCGCAAUUCCAGACGCUGCACCCGCCUCACCGCCAGCCGUGCCAGAACCCCUACGCGCGAAGCCUGCGAGCGGCCUCAAGACUGGCUUUUCGCUACCAGAGCCGCCGCGGCCAGCCCCCGACGGUGCUGCAGGGCUUGGCCGAGCUGGCGACGUGCACGACGCUAGUGGGCUUGCUGGACCAAGCGACGCAUUACAGCCGGAUCAAGUUCAUGGCGUGCAAUUUCCUCAAUGCGUGGCAGUUUGCGCGGGACGACGGGCUCUGUGACGAUAUUCCCACUGUGGAGUUCCGCGCCCACGAAGGGACGCUGGAUGGUGAGAGAGUCGUGCAGUGGGUCUCUCUUAUUUGCGGACUCGUGCAGAAGCUCGGGCAUAUCCACCCGGAGUCCCUGGCGGAGAUGCUGCAGGUGGUUGCGAAGUGUGAGACGUGGCAGAAGGUAGGUGAUCCUGCCACCGACGCCGAGAACGAGCGCCGCUUUGGCCCGGUGCUUGCGGAGAGCGGCUUCACGGUGAUCGAUCUGCUGAGCGGGCUCGGCCUGGAGGAAUCCGCCGCCUACUAUCGAAGUGAUGAAGGCGACGCCCCUAAGCUUGAUACGAGAUCUGCACGAGUCAUUGAGGCUGGCCUCUGA